AAGCCCAAACCCAACAGAAGUGAGAGAGCGAGGGAGGCCACGGUCCUGCCCAGCGUUCUCCCCCGCUUUCCGGCUGGUUUCCUCCCACCCCGUCGCAGCAGCAGGGGCGGGGAGCGCCGCCGACCUUCCAGCCGCCGUCCCGGCCUCAGCACACGGCUUGUGACCCGCGCUGCCUCCCGGCACCGACGCCAAGCACACCGCCGCGACCCCACCUAAAAAAACGGCCAUGAGCAGCACCGAGAAGCAGCCGGGCAAGCAGCAGGUGCCGCCGGGCUCUCCGUCCCCGGCCAAAGGCCCGAAACCCCCGAGGAUGCCCAAGUGCUCCCGCUGCAGGAACCACGGCUACGUGUCGCCCCUGAAGGGCCACAAGCGGUUCUGCAACUGGCGGGACUGCCAGUGUCCCAAAUGCAAGCUGAUAGCCGAGCGGCAGCGAGUCAUGGCGGCGCAGGUCGCCCUGAGGCGGCAGCAGGCCCAGGAAGAGGAGCUUGGGAUUUGUAGUCCGGUGGCUCUGGCCGGUCCCGACGUGACGGUGAAGAACGAGGCUGCGGCAGACUGCUUGUUCUCCGAGGAGGGACGAUCUCCUUCACCUUCCCCGUCUCUGGCCGUCACAGGCGGCCGCUCUGCGUCGUCUCCCAGCCCGUCGGCCGGCGGCCGCGCUCUCGCCGAGGGCCCGUCGGACCUGCUGCUGGAAACGUCCUACUACAACUUCUACCAGCCCUCACGCUACUCCUCCUACUACGGCAACCUGUACAACUACCAGCAGUACCAGCAGAUGCCGCACGCUGAGGGACGCCUGUCCAGCCACAACGUGUCCUCCCAGUACCGCAUGCACUCCUACUACCCAGCUGCCACCUACCUGACCCAAGGCCUGAGCUCGCCCACCUGCGUGCCGCCGCUCUUCAGCCUGGACGACAACAUCAACUGCUCUGAGGCCAUGGCGGCCUCCUUCACCCCCAGCGGCGCCACGUCGGCCCAUGACCCCGCCAUGACCUGCAGGUCCGUCAUGGGCAACGUCAACGAGUGCGACGCCGGCGGCGAGGCCCCCACCUUCUCCAUCGUCGACGGGAACGCCGCCAAGUGAACGGCGCCGAUGGGAGCUGGUGGUUCUUUCUAAGUUCUUGUGUGUUUUCGUUGAGGCCGGUUCGGCAGCAAACAAAAGGUCUCAGAAAGAUUUUAAAAAUACGCGUGCAACGGCAUAAAUAAGCACUUUGCAGAAUUCACGGAUCAAAUAUGCCACAAAUAAAGUCUCCUGAUUGUUAGACGUCAACACUGGACCAAAUAAUUCAAACCAGUCGGUGACUCGCUGUGAUUUGUAAAGUUUUUACGGUUUGUGUUUCCGCUUUAAGAAAGCAGCUGUUCCAGGCAGAGUUAUGUGUUUUUUUUAUUUUUUUUAUCCAAAAGUGACACAACAUGCAGAAUAAUGACACUAGAAUCCGUCCUCGCACAGUAAAGUUGACCUAUGCGUUUUCACACAGUAGGAUGUUGCUGGAGCUUCGUUUGACAAUCAGAAAUCAGGCUCAGUGCUUUGAGUUGGAAACUGGAAUCACUGUUACAUCCCGAGUUGGACAAAGAAAAUACACAAAUACCAUAAGUGAGGUUUUAAAGAGACUAGUUCCAUAAAAUAGUUGUUUCAACGUAAUUUAAGUCUCUUGAAUAUCGGCCAACAAAUACUUUAACUUCAGUUUUAAAUCUCUUAACACAACACAUUCAAUGCUGCGUUUUCUUUCUUGACUCAGUGAGAAAUACGGUUUAUUCUUCAUGGUUUGUAUUUGUCUGCCAAGCGGUUUCUUCCUAAACGAGUAUUAAUCUGCCGAAUCAGAUCUUUUUAACCCGUCAAGCUCCGUUAAAAAAACCUUUUUUAUCCGAAUGAAGCCCCGAUGUCUUCUGACCUGCGUGUGAUCGACGCACAGAGACGCCGCUGAGAGACGGAGGCGCGAGGACGUCCUCCUGCAGACACCUCGGCGGGUUGGACAUGAAUCGUGUUCCUGCGUAUUUAUGGCGCCGUUGUUCAUCUCGCAGCUUUCACCGUGCACGCCGUGCUUUCACCGUGCACGCCGUGCAUUCACCGUGCACGCCGUGGGGCCGCGGGGUCGCAGGCGGAUCCGUGGCGGCGAUGUGUGGAGCUGAAACAUUUAGUCGAUGAAGCGACGUGUUUGUUUGAUAAUCAUCUUCAUUUUACGCCGUUUUCCGACCCGCUGAACUGAAGGUUCAAAGCUUCUGAAACGUUGGGAUUUGUAGAUUUUAUUCUUCUUAAAUUCAGUAGAUUUGUUGUCACUUUGGGAUCUGGAUAGCUGCCAUUUCUUUGUUGUUUUCUAAACCUUUAUUGACCAAUCAGUUAAUCACACGAGAACAAUCAGAAAUGUUGUUUUUAUAACAGAUAAAAUACCUGGUCACAGUGUUUUUGUGUGUUAAAGUGAUUACCAUCAUUCAAAGUGUUUUUUGCUUCAUGAACUAAUGAAAUGAAUGUUGAGUUUUCAGCGUUAAUUAAAAAGAAAACUACAGUACUCAGA